AUGUUCAGAAUCAUUGAACAAGGAAUGGUGUGCAGUAAGGUCGCCGUUUGUCCCUUUGAUCACCUUCCUCUCUCACGGUGUUCCAACCCUCUUCAAAAACAAUGUUUCAGUUAUUUCUCUGCCAGUGGUUCUGCUAAUUUCGGCUGUGCAAACGAUUUUGCCGUACCGUUUGGUUCAAUGACAUGUGGGGAUGGGCCAGGUUUUAUUAAUACCCAAGGCUGUUCCAUGGCCAAUACUGCAUCGGGGCCGUGCUACUUUUGUUGUUGUCGAGGAGGUUCUUGUAAUCAUCCAGCCGUGUUUGCUCGAGAGGCACAACGGCUGCCUACAUUUCCGCAAGGAUUUCAGCAGUUGUACUUUGGUGGAGGGCACUCUUUGUCAAGCUUGUCUUCCAUUUAUCGAUGGUUGAGUACCGCACGGCCUUUCCGUCCCAUUUUUUUAAAAUUGUUCAUUAAGCAUUGUUUCAUCUGGAGUUGUUCCAUUAUUGUCACUGCGAUCUGA